AUGUCAUCCGAUGAAAGCUCCAACUCUUCUAAUUCCUCUUCUAAUUCCUCUACUAGUUCAGAACAUAGCCAAAACCAACGAUAUGAAAGACGAAGGCAAGCCAUCGUCUCAUUGAUGGAUGAAGUUCUUAUGUCCACUCCAAUUGAAAUGUAUAAAAUGUUAAAUCAAGUUCCAAGGGCACCCAGAAUCCCUGUUCCAAGGGAUCGUGAGGAUGGACACAAUCGUUUAUGGAAUGACUACAUUUCUGACCCUCUUGUGUUCCAUUCACACUUAUUUCGUCGAAGAUUUUGCAUGAACAAACAUAUCUUUCUCCGUAUAAAGCAAACUUUAGAAGAGCGUCAUCUCUUCUUUCAGCAAAGACAAGAUGCUACAGGAAGAUUUAGUGCCUUUGCAUUGCAAAAAUGCACAGCUGUAUGA